AUGGAGGGCUCUGUGCUGAGCCCCACGUCCUGGGAGAGGCGACGGGCCUGGCUCCGACAGAGCCGCCACUGGCAGACCCAGGUCCUGGAAGAGGAGGCCGCCGCAGCCCUGCAGGAUGUCCCAGAUCCCGAGCCUUCUGGCCUGGAUGAUGUUUUCCAGGAAGGGAAUCCAAUCAACAAGAUUGAAGACUGGCUGCAGGAUUGUGGAUACUUUGAAGAAGGGUUUUUUGAGGAAGCCGGACAGCCGAUCCACAACGGGUGCCCCAGCCAUGGAACCAGCUUUGAAGAUGACUUGACCCUCGGAGCAGAAGCCACACUGUUGGCCACCAACAGCAAACUCUUCUCCAGGAGUUUCCUGGAGACAGCCCGGCCUGGGCAGCUACUGGAUCUUGGCUGCAGUUUGGCUUCCAGCAGCAUGACUGGUGGGACCAACAAGACUAGUUCAAGCAUCUCAGAGAUUCUGGACAAGGUGCAAGAAGAUGCAGAAGAUGUCCUUUUCAGUCUGGGCUUUGGCCAGGAGGACCACAAAGACACUUCUCGAAUUCCUGCCCGAUUUUUCACCACCCCCUCUCAGGCCAAAGGCAUUGAUUUCCAGCUCUUCCUGAAGUCCCAGAUGCGGAGGAUUGAGAUGGAAGACCCAUGCCUCAUGCUGGCCAGCAGGUUUAAGCAAGUGCAAACACUGGCCGUCACCGCCGAUGCCUUCUUCUGUCUCUACUCCUACGUAUCUAAGACCCCUGUCCAAAAGUUCACACCAUCCCACAUGUUCUGGAAUUGCAACCCAACUGAUGUGCCAUCCGUCAAGAUUCUGGCCCCAGAACCUGAACCUCACUCACCCAGAGAGCGCCUCCGGAAAGCCAUCUCCAAAAUGUGCCUGUACACAUGCCCACGAGAUAGGCUAUCACCACCCGACCACACCCCCAAAAGGAACAGUUUAGACCAGGUGGUGUGGGAAGUGAUGGACAGAGUGCGAGGAGAGAAGCUGGUCCUCCAGCAAGACCCUGGGUUUGGGCCAGUCCCACAGGGAGAUCCUGUGCCCCCCAUCAGGGGUACAAAGCUGCCCAUUUCUUCCUGUCCAUGUGCCCUCUGCUUUAAAGAGGAAACACAGCAGGGGAUGUCCACAUUGCAAGAACCAUCAGAAACUCUGGAUUCUAACCCCUGUUGCACACAUUCUCUGCCCAGGGCAGAUCUACAGUGGAGCACAGACCCUGCACAGGUAAAGAGACAGCUGUGGGGUCUACAAGCCACCAGUAAGGAAGCCCAUUUAGCCAAGGAUGAGACCUUCUGGAAAAGAAAGAGCAGAGCAAGAAAGAGUCUGUUUCAGAAGAAUCCCAUGGGCAGGAAGGUUAAAUCACUGGACCUGUCCAUCAUCCAACAGCAAUGGAAACAGGGCCAAGAGAGAACAGAACUGCACCGAUCUCUAACCCAGCAGCUGCAGGACACUUUGGACUUGGAGGUGCAAAGCAACAGUGAGGAGGAGGAGAGCCGCUGGCCCAGCAGAUCCAGAAACCACCACCUCUACCAGACUUUUGCUGGCAAAGACUCAGGAACCUUUCACCACCACCACAGCACAUGCUCUGACAGCAGCGGCUUCAUAGAAGAGCCUAACUCCCACCUCCUCUUGCAGGAGGCUGUAUGGCCUCCAAUAUCCAGCUCCUGCUCCCUGGCCCUACAAACUCCUGAUCUCAGUAGGAGAAAAGCAGCAUGGUACACCGGACAGAAGACCAGAGUAAGAGACUUGGAAUCUCCAUCCUGA